ACAAGUUCCCGGCGGCGGGCAGGCGGCCCUCGGCCCCCCCCUUUCUCCCCCCUCCAUCCUCCCCGAGCCUCCCUCUCCCCGAAACGGGCUCCUCAGCCCAUGAGGGCGCCGGGGGAAGGCGAGGCGGCGGCGGCUGCCUGCAGCCAGCGCUCCCCAGGCCGCCGCUGAGGGGCCGGCUCCGAGCCGGGGGCCGCCGCCGCCGCCGCUCCCCUCAGCGCCCGGAGAGCGAUGCAGCGCCCAGGGAGCGCCCAGCACCGCACGCCCUGGUGAGGACGCUCAAGGCAUCAUGGUGAGUAAGGAGCCCAGCAAAUGCUUACUCACCACCUCGGAAAGCGAAGUUGAGCCAGCAGCUUCGCUUGCUCUGGAGAUGAAAUAUGCUCUGGAUCCCAACCGGCAGAUCAAGAAGCGCAACAAGGCCCUGCAGGUGAGAUUCAAGGACAUCUGCGAGGCCCAGAACGAGCAGCGGGACAAGCAGCUCGCCACCAGCCAGGACAGCGAGAAGCGAGAGGCCAAGGCGCUCUCCUACAAAACGGCCUACCGCAAGUACAUGACGGUGCCGGCCCGCAGGUCCAUCCCCAACGUCACCAAGAGCACGGGGGUGCAGACCUCCCCGGACCUCAAGAAGUGUUACCAGACCUUUCCCCUGGACCGCAAGAAAGGGAAUAUCAUCAAGAGCGCCUCCGCCGUCGACGCCUUCAAGGGCGAGAACAACGGGUUCCUGGUAGACCUGAAGGACAAGGAGGGCAGGAGCUCGGGGGAGGAGGGCCAGUGGGGCAGGAAGGCCGGCAGCCUGCAGACGGCCGAGUUCAUCUCCCACGUGGGCGAGCGGGCGUGCGCGGGGGCUUGGCAGGGCGCCGAGCCCCCCGGCUGCCCCCUCCACAACGCGGCCAAGCCGGAGCCGGGGAGCGAGGAGCCCGGGCAGCCCCUCCAGGGGAGGGUGUUCAAAACGGAGGUGGCCACCCUCUACCUGCCGGCGGGCGGCGCGGACGCCUCGCAGCCCGAAGCCGAGUGGUCGCUGUGCCCGGCGGCGGGCGAGGAGGACAGCAAGAGGACCGUGCACCUCAACGGGGUCCAGCCGCAGGCCGUCGAGGCGCCCGCCUGCCCGCUGCAGGCUCGGUGCCCGGCCGGCGAGCGGCACGAGCGCAGCCCUCGAGGCGACGCCUCGCCCAGCUGCCAGGCCGCCGUCGCCCUGAGCGAGGAAUGCCAGCAAAUCGUGCCUCACACCGAAGUUGUGGACUUGAAAGCGCAGCUGCAGGUGAUGGAGAAUCUGAUCAGCUCCAGUCAGGAAACCAUCAAGGUCUUGUUGGGGGUCAUCCAGGAGCUAGAGAAAGGAGAAGCUCACAGAGAAGGGCUUUCAUAUCGGACUGGUCAAGACACGGCUAAUUGCGACACGUGCAGGAACAGUGCGUGUAUCAUCUACAGCGUGGAAUUGGAUUUUAAGCAGCAAGAAGAUAAACUACAGCCAGUUUUGAGAAAACUUCAUCCUAUCGAGGAAACUCAGGUUGCACCUUUGCCUUAUUCUCAGGAGAGCUACUCCUCCACUCCCAAGCAAAAAUCCAAAACUGAAUCAAAAAAGCACGGAAGAUGGAAACUCUGGUUCCUUUAACCAAGUCCGUCCCAUGUGGAGUUCAAGGCCUUCUCUGAAGAAGAUGUGGGGUUGUGUCCAUCACCUACAACGGGAUCUCUGCAGGUUGAUCCGUGCUGCCGGCCGCUGCUGUUGGGAGGCGGCCGGCGGCGUUCAGCUCUCACCGUGUGUACCAAAAAGGCCUUUGUACCUAGGAACUCGUGCUCGGGAGCAAGGCGGUCCCUGACCCCUUGCCAGCUUUUACUUGCGGUUCACCAAUGUGGGAUGUAAAACCUGAAUUGCGAUUUGUACAAAACGGAAAGUAAAACUAUUCCCCCCCCCCUUAGAUCUGAGAGCAUCACAUUCUAACCCGUUCAGUCGUAGGCUGUCAUCCUGUGCGCAGCGCAAUAUCACUCUUGUUUUAAAGCCUUCUGGGGGUUUGGUUUGUCGUCUUUUAAACAACGAGGGGAAAAAAAAAAAGCGAGCAAGCCUUACGUUUGCAAUGGUCUUCAGUUUUACAAAUCCAUGUUGAUCGGGGAGUGCAGUUUUCAGCACAUAUAUCCUGGACAAAGCACAAUUUUUCAUGUGGUCCGAGACCAUGAAUACUCUCUAAGACGUGACUGUGUGUAUAUUUGCCUUCAUGUGUUGUAGACUUCAACCAAGCUAUCACAUUUCGACAAUGCACCGUCAUUUCUAACCUAGCUAUGUCCUCACCACCAGAAGAAGCCUGCUGCUCUCCUCCAGCAGGCGAGCGGCUAGAAAUCUCCCAAAUUCAGGACGAGCCUUUAACCACACCAAGCUGACAGGGUCAAGGCCACAGGACAAACCGUCCUAGAUCUCACUUUUAAUUUUUUGGUACCCAAAAGGUCUAAAUGACACGUUCUGGCACAGGAAAAAAAAAAAAAAAAAAAAAAAGAAACACACGAAAAAAAAUAACAAGCUCUACCAAUUGCUGGCGUUUGCCAUUACGUAGGAUCUUUUUCUAAUGCAAUCUUUGGAAAACCUCUCCAUUACUGCAAAAGGCACCAUAAAUUUUGUAGCACGCAUUACGCUUUGAAACCUGCUUGGAAGAAGCAGCAAUUUUAAGAGAUAUUUAUUUAUUAAUUUAUUUAUUAAUUUAUUUAUUUACCAAGCUUCUCAGAUGGGUUUCCCAACCACCACAUUAGAGUUCCUACCUAAAUCUACUAAUUGUACUUAAUAACCAAUGCACUUAGGGAACAAAUGUGAAUCAAAUUUCUUUUUUUUUUUUUUUUUUUGACACUUAAAAUUUUGCUCAGAAUUACAAACUGGAACCCUUUCCCUUAAGUAUUUGUUACUGUCAUUAAAGUCCUACCAAAAAUGACCAUUUGUGGAAAAAAAAUCUCCUGCUGGAAGUGGCAUGGGACCGGGGAUAUCUUUUUUUUUUUCUUUUUUUAAGGAGUUAGGAUCAUUUGAAUCAUACAGUGUCAGAAACUGGGUUACUCUAAGUUGGUUUUGAAAUUGCACACCCUGCAGCAGGAUUAAGAUACAAAUUCUUCAGUCUUUAGGUGGAAGAAAAGUAAUCACAAGCAGAGGAGCUUGCACGUAGUAGCAAACUUUAAAUGCUUUCACUUACACCUUUUCUUAGCUCGACAUAAAAUUUGGAAAAAAAAAAAAAGAAGGAAAAUCACAUGCUAUUUGGUCUGGGGAAAAAUAAGAAAAGGAGGUUAAAAAGGAAACAGAAAUGCAGGAGAUGUUUAUGUCCACCUUGAAGUUACUUUCAGCGUGCUUAAAUGAAAAAGUCACCUUUGUAGUGACUUCAAGAGGGCUCCGAGUUCUUGUACAAACACAGACACUGUCCCAAAAUACGGCUGUGAAAGCUGAAGGAUUAAGAAAAGGUGAUUGGUCCUGUGUACCAGGAAGGAAGUGCAAUUGUUUCAUCUGGAAAAAUGUGUGUUCCAUGUAUUUUAUAGUGUUUUUAAUUAAAUACAUAGAACUGUUUACAGGGCAGCCCACCUUAUGCGUUCUAGAAACCCAAAUAUUUCCGAACAAGAAAAUCUAUUUUUUUUUCCUAAAAAGAAAUAUCAAAUAUGGACAUGACAAGAAAAUACAACAAUAUUUAGUAUUUCAAAAUAGCAGUAAUAACUUAUAGACUCAUACACGCUACCAUGCCAUUUAGUUUCAGUAAUUAAACCAAGCAUCUCUCAAUGGCAAUCAAUUACGAAUCGUUAGCGUCACCUCAUCAGUAGCUUUGCCCAUAAAUCUAUUCUUAACGUUGUCGUGUGCAGGGACUCUGACACCAAACUCCACUAUUUCUGUGCGGUUCCUGCCCCAUCCGGAGACCCGUAUCCUGUAAGCAGUUAAUGUCAGAGGGGAAGUCACUGGUGAAACACACAAGAGCUAAAAGUGGAAGCUCUCACGGCGUGUUCUGUACAUGUCCAGGCUAUUUUCUUAAGAAGUUGCAGAUUUUUAAUUUUUUACAUUUUUUUAACGAUGGAAAAGCUAACAUACAUAGUCUUGCUUACAAUUACAUACCGUGUUAUAUCGUACCAUACAAUGUAAUUUGUAAUAAAAUGUUUUUGCAAGUGUGUAAGAUGUAUCAUAUUGUAUUGCAUUUAGAAUCACUCGGGCUAGGCACCGAGAGCCAAACCUGCUUCAGGAGAGCUUUUAGUUAAGCGUGACUGACACGGAGCUAUCUCCACCCUAAUGUAGGGGAUCCUAUAAACUGCAGGUAUGAGGUUACAGCAGAGAAAAUGCAUCUUCAUUUCCAGUGUGGCACGUAACAUGGCUUUGCUGAGUUCCCUGAGAGCACCACGCACUUUCACACACUGAUUUGCUACAGGCACUUCUCCCUGAAAAUUAUUUUUAGCCAAUAGAUGCCGCAGUGAUUUUCUACUCCUUGUUAGUUUCCAAGUCCAUCUAAUUUCCAUGAAGCACCAGCUCCAUUCUUUGGUUUAGGACCGUUAGGAAGCACCACUCCUGUAAGUAUCACUUGUUUUCUUAAAGGAAAAAAAAAAUCACUGUAAAAAUAGCUUAAAAAUCAGGAUAACAUGAAAAAAAAUCAUGAUUAAAACUGGAAAAUCCUA